AUGGUGCAAAACCCUGGGGGCAUCAAAGGCGAUGCUGCCGAUUAUUACGAUACUUCUUCUGCCGUCAUCGCACAGAAUGAUUCAAGCAAUCCUGAUGGAAUGGCGCAGUUUGUACUACCGUGUUAUGGUGUCGAAAGUCGCAGUGGCAGAAAUGGACUGACUACAGUUGGCGUUGCGGGGGAAAUUUACACAAAUUACCGGCGUGGUCGAUUAAUGCUUUUCGAAAUUGCCCGAAGAAAACGGCCCUGGAUCUCAGUUUUGCUCAAAAAUAAAGAUAGAGUAAAGCUUGAUGAACCUGCAUCGAAAUUAGAUCGUGCUAUCUGGGAUCUGCAACAUGAUGCGAGUUCGAGAUGGCAAGUCAGUAUUCCAAUGGAAGGUUGGGAUUUUCCUACCCAAGCAUCAUCAGAGUCUAACGAAGAAUUGCUUGAGAUGGGCCGGAUGAUGGGAGAACUUAUGUUAAAUGAUUCGGAGAUCAAAGCAUUUCUAGAUAGCGCGACUGCGACCCUCUUGGGACUAGACAAGCGGCUUCGUGACGAGUUCAUACAACCUCUCAAGCAAUGUAUGGUGAACAGACAGGAAGUAAAUUACCAAUAUCUCCUCGAAAAGGUUCGAGAAAUUCACAAGGAAGUUGCAGGCUGCUACUUCCGUCUGGACGAACAGGUUUCUCGACGCCAGAAAGAGCUCACGGAUAUGGCAAAGAUCGACUGA